AUGUCCUUGAGCCCAAAGCACUCCACUCCCUUCUCAGUCACAGACAUCUUGAGCCCGAUGGAGGACAGCUACCGCAGGUUCGGAGUGAUGGACCCCGCAGCGGGGAGCCUCGGAUCCCCGCUGGGAGCCUACCGGCAGCCGCAGGUCUCGCAGCCCGGUAUGCAGCAUCAGCAGCAGGCGCACCAUCAGCAGCAGCCGCCUCACCUCCACCACCAUCACCAUCAUCACCACCACCACCACCUGUCCUCGUCCUCUUCUUCAUCAUCCUCCUCCUCUUCAUCAGGCUCGGCCAGCGCAGCAGCAGCAGCCGCUCUGGCCCCCGGCGGGCCCUACCACGUGCCCCACGGGGUACCGCAGUUCUCCGGAGCCGUCGGAGGGUUCUGCAACGGCGGCAUCGGGAACGUCGGAGACCUGCCGUCCUACCAGGAGACGGUGAGAGGCGGAGGGGCGGCAGCGGCGGCGUGGUACAGCAACCCGGAGCCCCGAUACCCGACAAUUUCCAGAUUCAUGGGCCCCUCCGCGGGGAUGAACAUGCCCGGGAUGGUGGGCAGUCUGGCCGGGAUGGACUCCACCGCCAAGUCUAUGGUGACGCUGCACGCGGCACCGCGCAGGAAGCGACGCGUGCUCUUCUCGCAGGCGCAGGUGUACGAGCUGGAGCGGCGCUUUAAGCAGCAGAAGUACCUGUCCGCCCCGGAGAGAGAGCACCUGGCUGGACUCAUCCACCUCACCCCGAACCAGGUGAAGAUCUGGUUCCAGAACCACCGCUAUAAGCUGAAGCGGCAGGCCAAGGACAAGGCCGCGCAACAGCUCCAGCAGGAAGGCGGCGGUGGCGGCGGCUUGUGCGGAGCAACACGCAGGGCUUCGUCUGUGUCCCCGGUCCUCUCCAAGAACUCUAAGGGCUGCCGGACCGACUCGAGUGGGUCGAACCACAGCGGGAACAGGCAGAGCAGCCCGCAGGUGAAUCAGCUGUCCUCCACCGAGGAGCUGGAGGAUUUGUCCCCCAGCCCGCCGCUGGGACUGCACGGGCAGAUCAACAUGACGCAGACGGACGCGGCGCUUAUUGAGUACACCAACAGCAUGAUCGGCUCCAACUUACUGUACGGCAGAACUUGGUAG